GAUGCGGUUCUUUUCUGGCAGCGUUAAACCGAAACCGUGACAAUAACGGUGUUUUUAUUUGCGUGGGUUCAUUUAUUGUUCAUAAUUGAUAUUUGGUGUUUGGUUCGCAUCGGUGAGCUCGUGAGCUGAACCGUUACAGAUGCGCGCGCGAGCCGGCGCCUGUUGGCACGAGUUGUUUGUCACUCGCGCGACAGAGUGACGUCAGAACGUAAACGUAAAGGAAUCGGCGAUUUUAAAUCGAUAAAAGUCGAUAAAGGUUUGAUAUUUAUAUACAAACAGUAGGUUACGAUAAUAACAAAUUAACGUAGAGAGUUGUACCAGCAGACUGAACACAUCAGCCGCGUGCAGCCUGUGUAAUAGCUGUGAUGAGUUCUCUGGGGAGAAACGGACUGAUCGGCAUGGGUGUCGGUGUUACAGUCAGCACCGGUUUAAUCGCCUUCCUCAUCAUUAAAGAGGUCAUCAGAAGAAGAAACCGGACCUUGUUGGUGGAAACGAGCGCUGGAGGGUUUGGCCUGGGUGCGGUCGUUGAUGGGCCGAUAAACCGGGCACAGGAUGGGCGAGAAGCAGCAGCAUUAGCCACAGCGUUAAGUGGGUUAACAGCGGAGCAGCAUGCUGAAUUGAGGAACACUCUGGACGAGGUAAUGCUGAGUGUAUCUACACUGCGCUCUGAAGUAGCCGAGCUGAGGAGUGGCCUAAGAGAAAUCGCUAGCACUAUAAUCGAGGACGUCAGAAAGGGGGUGGAGGAGAGCCAGAGGACGCGUCGGAGACGACACUUCUUGGCGAGGGAGCGUACAGACUCUAUGAGCUCCAGCUCCAUCUACUUUAAUGCUAGUAACGGAGCCAGCAGUGAGGGCGGAUACACGACUGCGUAUUCUACCGCCGAGUCGGACUACACAGACCGAGAGACUGACCGAGACGAUGAGUGUGAAAACGAUGAUGAUGACGACGAUGAGGAAGAGGAGCGCAGCUGUUCUACAGUUCUCACACUGAGGCCUGAUGAAGGACAGUCUGAGGAAGAUUAUGUGGACGGCGAUGAUGAAAAACUGAUGAUGAGUCCUGAACUUGCUUUACUGCUGACACAAAGCGACCUGCUGCAUGCUGGGGAUUCUGGGAAAAAAACUGAAGGAUUUAAUCUGCUCAUAGAGAACAAACCACUGUAUGGUGAUAACAUAGAGUUUCUAUGGCGACUGGCUCGAGCCUACAACGACAUGUGUGAGAACGCAGAGGACGAGGAGGAGAGACGUAACUACGCUGAGCAAGGUCGUGAUGAAGCAGAGGCUGCACUUCAGAGAAACGGCCUUAAUGCUGACUGCCAUAAGUGGUUUGCAGUACUGACGGGUCAGUCAUCACAGUGUGACAGCAUGCACAGUAAACUGAAGAGCAGCCACAUUCUGAAGGAACACCUGGAUCGAGCGAUAGCACUCGGAGAUGACGACCCCAUGUGUUUCUACCUGCUGGGACGCUGGUGCUACGAGAUAAGCAGGUUAUCAUGGAUGGAGCAGAAAGCAGCAGCGGCUCUGUAUGAAGUUUCUCCAUCUUCUUCUGUUCACCUCGCUCUGGAGAACUUUCUUAAGGCCGAGGAGUUAAACCCUGGGUUCUCCAGACCAGUAAGACUCUACAUCGCCAAGUGUCAUAAAGAAUUGGGGAAUCAUUCCGAGGCAAGAAAUUGGGCACAGUUGGCACUGAAUACACCUGCCCUUGCCAACCAGGAGGCGGGCAUCUCAGGGUUAGAGGUGGAGCUACAGGCUUUGAUUGACAUCUCAGCUGAACACUGAGGCAGACAGGGCGUGGCGAAAUCUUUGAACCUUUAAUGAACAAUUUUAAGGGAACAAAGUGACAUUUAUUUUACUGUGAAUGCCCAUUUGUGCUAACAGUUUUAGGAUUGAAUCAUUCCAACCCUCAUUAGAAACAACCAGAGAUCAGUCAUGUGACACUACCUAAUAAUUAGAAACAGCCAAUAGAAAGUCAUGGGGAUGUUUUUUUUUUUAUUGACAUGAUGAUGAACGAAUUAAACAACAUAAAUUUGGGUAGAAUAUCCUGAAGAAGGUACUCGGGUGGUAAUGCACUAACACACCACUACAGUUGCUGAAAGUAGUGAGUUCCAAUCAGUCCAUGUCUGAGGAAGGGAAGGCUUGAUUGUGUAUCUUUCUGCUCCUGCUGUGAUAUAUGAUCUCCAGGACUGGUCCAGGUGCCUGCUUACAUAAAGCUUAGCAUGGUUUUUCAUACAUUACGACUCUGUGGGAUUACGCACAGAUGCAAAGUUGACACGAAGAAACCCGUUCGACAAGCCCGUUCAGACACAGCCAAUUCUACAGGCUCUUGAUACCAAAUAUUAUCAUAACCUGGUAUGAAGUAGCACCUAAUGCUUUGCACUGAUGUUAUAUCAUGUAUGACCAAUAAAAAGACAGGAGUUUAUUUUUAACAAACAGUUUUUCUGCAUCAGCUUGUUUUUAUCUAGUUUAAAAGAUUGAAGUGUAAUGUAAUUCUUCAGUACAGAAUGGGUAUUUCUCUUCAUCGUUUUAACACUUUUAAAUAUAUUUUAAUGCUUUUUAAUUUAUGAUCCUGUUUGAUGUUUUACUUAGGCAACUGAAAACAAUGAACAGUGCAUGUUAAAAUCAUUUUUCCAUGCUUGUGAAAAAUGAAGGAAUAAAA